UGAAAUAUUUUCAUCUUUCGUCAAUGGGUAGAAAAUGAAACUUUAACAGCGCAACGCUCUUAGAAACAAAAGGAAAAGAGUGAACGUUUUUGGAAGAAAUCUAUAGCUAAAAACUCUUCAGUUCUACAGAGAAAAUGGCACUUUCUACUGCCUCAGUGAUCGCUUCAUCCUCUUUUCUCAUUCUCACAGAGGUUCUUAUUCUAUUUGGUAACAUUUUAGUGAUUUUAGCAGUCGCCAAAAACAAAUCAAUGCAGACAGUCACAAAUAUCUUCAUCGUGAACCUAUCGCUAACAGAUCUCUUUGUAGCUAUAUUUAACUGCCCAUUGAUGCUGCUGGCUAUCCUUGCUAAUGGGUGGAUCAUUGGUGAUGUGAUGUGUAAAGUGUCUGGGUUUUUGAACGUCGUUUUCUGCUGCGCUUCAAUUCUCACGUUAACAGCGAUAAGCAUCGACAGGUACUACUGCAUCACUCAACCAACCAAAAAAAUCAUCACCAAAAACAAGGCCUUCUGCAUGAUCGCCAGUAUCUGGCUUAUCGUUUUCUUCUUCGCUUUUAUGCCAGUUCUAGGAUGGAACGAGUAUGUGUAUGUAGACGACCGUAAACACUGUAUGAUAUACUGGCAAAGAGGUGGAGCAGACUCAGCCUACGGGAUAUUUCUAUCAGCAUCUAGCUUCGUAGUCCCCACAUGGAUUAUGUUUUUUUGUUACUAUAAGAUUUUCUCUACUGCGAGAAAACAGGCAAAAAAGUUUGCUCGGCCACGUGGUUGGAAUAUUGUGGGAGCAGAGGGUUCUAAUAAGGCGCAUGCGCACGUAGGUUGCUCUAGCAACAGGGUGGUGCCAAGUGAUUACAAUGAAUCUGACGCUACACGAGGUGUCUUGUCGUCAUACACGAACAACAAUGACCUUACGCUAGAAUCUGUGGGCCCAAAUCCAGCCGAAUUCGAAGAGAACGAUACUGAAGAAGAAAAAGACUCGGAGCAGCAAGAACAAGAAGGGAACUGUUCUGUGAAUAAAGAAAUGUCUGUGCAAACAGAUGAGAGGACUUGGAAAAAAUCUUCAAAUGCGACAAAAGAAGUCUCCAGGGACGUAAAAGAAAGACGUACAGCUCGAGUUAUCCUUAUCGUGAUUGGUGUAUUCCAGAUAUGUUGGCUACCAUACGCAGCUUUGAAUCAGUGGUCAGCGUUCACAGGAACGACUCCACCAGGAAUAGCUGACUUAGCGGCUUCUCUWCUCGCCUACUUCAACAGCGGAUGCAACGCCGUCAUUUAUACCAAGUUUAACCCAAAGUUUAGAAAAGCCUUUGCCAAGUUACUUUGCUGUGGAUAUUCCAAGGAACCCCAUAACAAAAGAAAAACAAAAAGGAUUCAAGUGCAAAGUCAAAAGUAAAAAUAGACCUCAAAAAUCACUGAUCAUUGAGUUCAGCACUCUUGUACGACCUUCAAGAAUCCACAGACUUUUGCUGGAGAUGCUCGAGGAAGUAGUGCGCAAAUGGUUAUAAGAUAUUUUCUAUUUUUUUACAAUUAAAAAUUCAAGUAUCAGCU